CUAAGCCGUUUUAUGAUCCAAUUACUCCAAAAGCGAACAAUUUAGAAGCUUGGAAGGAAGAUUGGAAGAACAGAUUUAAUCAAUGUAAAACGUUGUAUGAAUCAAUCAAAGAAAAGGACUUCAUUUCUGCCCAUGAGAAAAAUAAAGAAAUAAAUAAAUUGAUCAGAGAAACAAUUCCAAAAGAAAACUAUUCAAAUAUUUACUCAAUAGCAACAUAUUGGAGGAAAUCAUAUGACAAUUUGGCUUUGAUAUUCGAAGAAAAAAUACUCGAAAAAUUGAGAUGUUCAAACAUUACGAUUAAUUAUUUUCAAGAAGCUAAUAAUGAAGAUAUUUUGAAAUUAACAAGUUGUUUAAAGGAAGAUAUGUAA